AGUCGAUAUCUAGAAAAUUGAAAGUAUGGACGAGAGAGAAUACUUAAUAACUUCAGGUGAAACCCUACAUCAACAUUGUCAUCUUCAUGAAGAUAGACGACGUAAACGACAUUGCUUUGUUGGACUUUUAUUUCUAUUUCUGGUACUCGUUUCUUUUCUUGUGAUUCUGGGUGCAUCGCUUAGUUAUGAUCGGACAAAGCCAGCAUGGUCACACUUGUAUUCGAAUUACAUCGCUGACCGUUCAAUUGCCAUUAACAUUGAUGUUGAAGAAAUAUAUUUUAAAGAAGAUUCAAGUGAUUCAGAAUUUGAUUCCUUUAACAAACCUAAUCUGAUUAAGAAUAAUUUUUUGAUGGAACAAGGAAUACCAAAUGGAAUAAAAGUUGAUCCAGGUUACAAUAGAAGACUACCAGAUGAGGUGACGACACCUGAUGGUGACGCAAACAUUGAACCGAUACAGAAACUCGAUCGUUACAUCCCAUCAUGGUUUAAACAUAAUCAUUCUGCAUUACUUGUAGAAGAAAAUUGAAAAGCUUCCUUUAACUGUAAUUUUAAAUCUCAAUUUUGGCAAUUUCUUUUUUUUUUGAAAUAAAUUAAAUUUCUCUAUAACGGGAG